GCUUUCAAAUCCAGAACUGCGAACGGAGCGAAGGAUGAAGCCGACGAUGCAGGCAGUGAAGUGGCUGGGCAUGGAUCGCCACGGCAAGAUGGCGGUCGCGCCGGCCGCGGAGCAGGUGUUGAAGCCGCUCCCAGAGGCGCAGCCGAUCAACCUCAUCAGCAUCUUUGGCGCCGCGCGGCAGGGCAAGUCCUUCCUCAUGAACCUCCUCGCGAACCAGCAAGACCUCUUCCGCAUCUCAAACGAGAAGGAGCCAUGCACGCAGGGCGUCGACCUCUCGAGCCACUUCAUGCCGUUGGCCGAGUUCAGCCGGCAGAACGGCAACACAAGCAUCCCAAGCAGCAUGAAGGUCGGCUUUGUCGACGCGGAAGGACAGGGCGACCGCGAUAUUACAUACGAUUCGCGCUUGGUGUCGCCGGUGCUUUUGACGUCCAAGGUCGUCAUCUUCAACUGGAAAGACUCGCUCCAAGCCGACCGCAUGCUCAACCUCCUCGCAGUGCUCGCCAAGGCCGCGCAGAACGUCGAGCUGGCCGACGGCGACAACCGCAAGGUGUUUGGCCACCUCCACAUCGUUUUUCGGGACUGGAACUUUGUCAAUACGACGCCCGAGCAGGUCUACGAUACGCUCUUCAAGAAGGAAAAAGGCGGUGACAAGGAGGUUGGGAACCGCAACCUCGCGCGCCAUGAGCUCGUCGACGCCUUUGAGAGCAUCCAAGUGUGGCUCUUCCCGUCUCCGGUUGUCAGCACGGCCCAACUGAGCGAGCGCAUUCGUUUUGAUCAGCUCCAGCCGUCGUUCCAGACCCAGAUGCGGGAUUUGCGCAAAACACUCUCGAACCAGCUCAAGACGCCGAUGCAGUUCAACGACCACACGCUCACAGGCCCUGUGCUCUCGGAGAUGAUUCCGCUCGUCGCUGAGAUCUUGAACGACAACCGCGUCAUCAUGCCCGAGUCCAUCUACGCGUCGAUGCGCCGCGCCGAGGCCAAGAAGAAGCAGCGCGAGUGCGAAGAAGAGAUGCAGCGCAUGUGUGAUGCGCUCCUGCAGUCAGAGACGCUCGUUUCGACGACCGCCUUCUCGAGUCAAGCCACCGAUGCAUUGAUGGGUCUCCUUGGUUCGACGAUGCAGUCGCUCCAAAAGUACCCCGAAGACGUCGUCGAGGAGUGCAAGAAGGGACUCCACCUCUUCCUCGAGCGCCAAGUCGAUGCCAGCGCCAAGGCCAACAACGAGCUUGUCUUGGUCCACUUCCAAACACUCAUGGAAAAAGCCAGCGACAGUCUCUCGGCACUCUUCCGAGAACUCGAAGACCGACUCCCGCUCGCACCGGCCGACCUCAGCACGACGUGCGACCAGACGCUGGCCAAGGUCACGGCUCCCCUGCUCGAGUGCCCGACGUCGACGGCGAUGACGUACCACGGCGAGAUUCGCCGGCUGCAGCAGCAAGCGGCCGUCUUCAAGGAGCGCCUCCAGCACUCGAACGAGCGCAAGAUUCGGAUGCGCACGGCCGAUCUUCAGGCGAAAUUGUCGAAAGCGACGCUAGAGCUCAAAGCCAAAGGUGUCGCGUGGCUCGACAAGCGCAUCCAGGCCAAGGCGCCGUUCACCAUCGCAAUGCUCGAGGCGCAGCUCACGCAGUGGCUCGAGGCGAUUGAAAUGCCGCCGCGCAACGAUGCGCUCGACGAUUUCGAUGUCCGGCAAGAGCUCCGUGUUUUCUUUACGCAGCUCCUCGAGGACCUCAAGCGCCAGUACACGCUGCACGUGCGCCACGUUUUGCACCAGUUCCACGUCGACGCCAAGGCAGCGCUUGAGCGCGAGAUCCACCGAUCGCUCGGCGAUAAGACGCUGCCGAUGGAGGACGCGCAGCUCGUUUCGGUGAUCCACAAGGCCAAGGACCGCGUCGUGACGGAAGCUGCCGAGGCCAUGCAAGGCUGGAGCUUCCCGCAAGAGGACAUGGAGCACUUUUGCCGCCAUGCCGCGAGCGUGUACCAAGAGACAAAAGACGAGCUUAUUUCGCUCGUCCACGACGGGCUUGUCAAGCAAAUGCCGCUGAGCGACUCGAGUAUCGACACGUACUUUAAGGAAGCCGUGACGCAGGCCGCCGAGUAUAUGCUGACGCAGGCGCCGACAGCCGACAAGUCGGCGCUGGACUGGGAAACCAAGUUUCACGCAGAUUUGACGACCGUGAAGGCCCAGCUCCGCACCAUCAACCAGAAGGAAGUCGAAAAAAAGGAGUGGAUGGAAGCUGCCGAGGCCGAGCGCAUUCGUCUCCAGGAGCUCGAAAGCCAAGUCCAGCACACGGAAGCCCUCGCCCAAGAGCGGGAGAAGCAGAUCAAGUCGAUUUUGAUCGAGAAGGAACAGACGUCGGCGCACCUGACGGAAGAGCUCUCGUUGCAGACGACCAAGACGCAGGCGCUGGAGCAACAGCUCGAGGCACUUCGCGUCACCGCCGAGGAAAUGGCCAAGGAAAAGGCGCGUCUCGCCGAGCAAGCCACGAGCAUUGCCGCCAAAGAGCGGGCUGCCAAGGAGCAAGCUGUCGCCGAGCAGUCGCGCCGCCAAGCCGCGUUGCAGAAGGAGCUUGAUGCGAUGCAAGCGCAGCUGGCGCAGCAGCAAGCGAUUCUGCAGCAAAAGGAGAAGAGGCGCGAGAAAGCCUACGCGCUUGCGGAGACGGAGCGCGCGCUGCGUGAAAAGAUGUUGGCGGAGGCCAAGUCGAGCCAAGCGUCCGCGGCCGCCCUCCAAAACAAAAUGUCGUCGGCGCUCGAAAAGCAAAUGCGCGAGUCGGAGCAGCUCCAGACGACGCUGGCACUGGAGAAGGCCAAGGCCGAUCGCCUCGAAGCCGAGCUCAAGCGCGUGCGAGCCGAGGCCGUGAGCCACGAGCGCGAGAAGGAAAAGUUUCGCCAGCAAGCACUCAAUAUGGAGCUCUCGACCUCCAAGCUGCGGGAGCACGCCAAAGAAGAGUCGCGCCGCCGUGCCGAAGCGGAAGCUGCCGCCGCCCAAGCGGCCAAGGCGGCCGAGGCGGCGGCCAAGGCUGCGAUGGAGGCAGCCGCCGCGAGUCCGGCGCGGGCAGGCAAGCGCAAGAGCGACGGCGAUGCGUCGGGGCGCAAGGCCAAGACCCUCAAGGUCAAGGCGCCGCUGCCCAAGCUGAGCCUUGCCGAAGCCAAGCGACUUGCGAAGGAAGACAUGGAGAAUCGCGUCGCCAGCCGGGCGUCGGCGCUGGAGAAGGGCAAGAAGGCCAAGUCCAAGCCAUAA